UCAACAGCUCCCCACUGCUCGUUACCAAGGGAGACAUGGUGCUACUGGAGUUCCGAUGGUCGAUGCGGCAUGCUGCCGUCGUCUUCACAGCGGCGUUCUGCUCCUUCGUACCCGUCGCGAUGACGCUGUCGACGGGGGGAGGACAGUCAUCUCACCGGGUAGUGUUGCCUAGAUUGGACCUGGAAGAAAAGGAGUUUGAAUAUCUUGAAAGAAAUGGUUACGUCACAGGGCACGUGACGAAUCCGGAAAGGACGCCACCAGGCGGUGAACACUUCGAGGAGGAUGCCGAGUCGGCUAUCAAAUCCUUCCAAGAGUUCUACAAACUACCCGUGACUGGAACGAUGGACACGGACACAAAAGCAACAAUGUGGAUGCCCAGAUGUGGAUUCCCAGACGUCGCGGUCCUGGAGAAAGGUGGAGAAGAAGGGGCGGGGCAUGAGAGAGAGGCCAAAAAGAGGAGGAGGCGAUACAACACUGCAGGGGGAUGGUAUAAAUGGGACCACACGAAGCUCACAUACUCGAUUGUAAACUUUCCGUCCCGAGGCAAACUCAAACAGUACGAGGUGAGGUACGCCAUCAAACGGGCCUUCGAGAUCUGGAGCAACGUCACCGCUCUGGAGUUCCGAGAGUUAGACAGAUCCUCUGAGUCUGAUAUUCGUAUAGAGUUCCUCAGGGGGAGCCACUCCAGAGAUAAAGACCAUCCAAUGUUUGACGGACCAGACGGGGAGCUGGCACACGCCUUCGCGCCUAAUAGUGGGUGGGGCGACGUGGAUGGUGACGUCCACUUUGAUGAUGCGGAGAUCUUUAAUAUAGAGGACAGCGAAAAUGGGUAUAACUUUUUCCAGAUCGCAGCUCAUGAGAUUGGUCAUAGCCUAGGUCUGGAUCAUUCCCAGGAUCCCAGAGCGCUCAUGUGGCCUCAUUAUCACUACGUUCAUAACUUCAAACUACCCAAAGAUGAUGUAGAAGGAAUACAAUCUCUAUAUGGUCCGAAUGUGAAUGAAGUCUCGAAACAAACACCAAAGAAGGUGACGUCACAUUGUACUCUCGUCUUCGAUGCCGUCACAACGAUAGGGGGCAUCAUCUAUGCUUUCAAGAGUGGGCGAUUUUGGGAGAUAGCUGAUGGGAAACUCAUUACCGAUCCAGAGGGUCUAAUGACUGAUGAUUACUGGUUUCAUCUCCCAUCUCAAAUCAACGCUGUCUACCACAGGAGCGACGGCAAAACAGUCUUCUUAAAAGGUACUAAGUACUGGGUGUACCACGGUCAAUACCCUCUACCGGGAUACCCACGGCGUCUGGCUGAUCUAGGCUUACCUACCGCCGUAGAUGCGGCACUCACGUACAACGCAGAUAAGACGUUCUUCAUCAAGAAAAAACAAGUCUGGCGAUUCGACGAGAAGAGGCAGUCGGUUGAUCCGGGAUACCCGAAGAAGGUCCGCAAGAUCUUCAGGGGGUUACCGAGGAAGAUGCAUUCUGCAUUUCGGCAUAGUGAUGGUCAAAUGUACUUUUUGAGCGGUAAGAAGUACUACGAGGUCAACAGGAGAAUUCGUCGCGUCGAGAAAAGCUCCCCGGGAUUAUUUACUGUGGACUUCAUGGGGUGUGAUUCGGUCAAGAAUUGAUCUCAAUCGUAGCUUUGUAUAAUAUUUAGUUUUUUGUAAUAAAUCUAUACGUUUGUAUUAUAUUCGAAAUUCUUAAAUCCGGAUUACUAAGCACACGUACUACACAAUCACGCACUGUAGGCAAAAUGCCUGUGGUAGGCAAAAUGCCCGUGGUUGUCUUUCUUUUGUAGACGUUCCGGUAUAAGAGACACAUAUUAUACUAAGUAAUGGACUUGCUCAAAAUGAUCAAAAGAGAAAUGACGUGUCAUUAUGUUUAGUCAUUCGCCCUUUGCGCGGUCAGCCAUUUGCUUGUAGAGCCUGGAAUUUGGGACAGCAGUGAGGAGAAGCAUUACAUAACUGUAUUGUCAUGGUUAUGUAAGGAGACUUUACAAAACACAUGCAUAAAUACAGCACAAAUAGAGCAUAAGCCAUGCAGGCUCGUGGCGGAUCUGUGCAAAUGGCGAAUGGAGCAGAUUGUCUUUUACUCUGAGUGUUGUUAAGGUAAGAUAGCACAUUAAUCAAAGAAAAGAAAAGUAAAGAAUAAUAUAAUUGCGUCACUUAGCCUUGAUGCAGUCCUUCUAACGGCUAUAUACGACAGAAUGUUGUGGUAUAUGUUUCACGUGUUCGCCUUUAUAUAGAUCAUGCACGGCUUAGGUGAGCAAUACGUCUGAUCGUAGAUUAUGUGGUUGUGGAAAAAAAACAUGAAUCCAAUUGAGAAAAGUACACUAAGCAUUCGCAACUACCAAAGCCUCUAUUGCAAAAUGGGUGUCUUUCACAAGAAAAUAACUUUAAAUUGCACGAAAUGCUGCUCCUUCCCACCGUCUAAAGAUUGAUGUAAAAAAGCACUGUACUCAUUAGCAAUGAUUUAAAGUCACAUCGUCAUCUUCCUCUUUCGAAUAAUAUCAUCUGAAAUUGCGAUAAAUUUUGCUCGCGCAAUUGCGGGAGACCGCUUCAUAGAGUGAUAGCUGAGUGCAGUUUCACAGUGUGCUUUUUUCGAAAACGCGCGUGCAGCUUAGAUAAAUACACUAUUAAGCAUUAAUGCCUCCCAGACCAAUUGCCUGCAUUGUGCUUGAGUCUAUCAUCGACGUCACAGUGAAAUAUGUUUUUGCAAUUUUUUGUUCCAAGGGACUGUGGUCUUCGAACACUUUUAAAACAGUUAAAACAGUUAAGUGCUGAAAUGUGGCGUCGCUUAAAUUUUGUGGGCGUUCGAAAAGUUUUGCAAAUGAACACAUACAGGAAGCCCUUCCACACGUUUUUAUUUUAUGGCGUUACGUAACUACAUUCUGUUCUAGAACGUCUCACAUCUAAAAAACAUAAUACAUUUUAAUGAUCUAUUUUGAAAUCUUUUGUAAAUAAUGCUUUGUACCGAUACAUAUAAUCAGUGUGUACAUAUCUUGUUCAGUUAUUAGCUCAUUUUUGUGUAUUAUUGAAUCAUGUGUGCAUAAGUAAGUAGUGCGUAAUGUUACUUUGGCCAAAUAGGGAGCAACCACUCUUAAUGGCAGUGGACACUAUUGGUAAUUUCUCAAAAUAUUUUGUUGCAUAAAACCUUACUUGGUGACGAGUAAUGGG